GGUCAAUGGUGGUGACUUUGCAUUUUAAUAAUUAUGGUGUUAGUUUUAUAAAAGUUGAUUAAUAUAAAUAAGUUGAGCACAUCUAUUUGUUUUAAUUAUUCCGACGUGGUGGAGGCGCCGGGCAACAAUCCCGAAAGAAAAUUAACUGUCGGAUUAUAAAACAAAGAAAGAGGUAAAAGGAGGAAAGGAAAUAUGGAUGAAGGAAAUACGGUGUCAAAUAUGGAGGAAAUUAAUGAAUUACGGGCUCAGAUAGCUGAACUAAAGAAGAGUCUUCAUCAGACUCCAAGAGUCCAAAAUCCAGCAUGUAUUUUACAAAAAGACACCUCUUAUGACGUUUGGAGGAAAUUGGUGGAAAAUGACUUCAGGACUUUCGGGUACCUGUACCUCAUUGAUAGAAAUGAAAUGAAACCUACACUUACAGCAGAAGAAGAGAAAACUAGAAGUGGUUUUGCUAUGGGUUAUCUAAUUAGCAGAUUGGAUGACGAAUAUAAGCGUUUGGUUUGUGACUUAAAUGAACCUAUUCAAGUAUUAGAAAAACUGGACACUGUACGUCGCCCUAAAAUUCCAUCGACAAAAUUUUUAUUGAAAAGAUCAUGGUCGAAUAUAACUUACCUAAAGGGAAAAGAGUCAGCAACAGAGUUUAUAACUCGUUUUGAGGAAGCUACUCGAAAUCUGAUGAGGGUGGCAGAGGAUGAUCUAAAGGAAGACAGUAUUGUUGAGAAUUUCCUUAUGGCUAUAUAUAAUAGUGUUCCGGAAGUGGUAAGACGAUACGAUGCUGCAGGUGGAAAAAUUUCAUUGAAUGAAUUGAAAUCUCUAAUGAUAAACGCAGAGGCAAGUGAGACAGAAGCAAAAGCGCGGUGCUCUGAAUCAGAGUCCACAAUGGCGCUUAAUUCUGUAGUUGAAAAUGAUCCAAAAGGAGAGAAACAAACAAGAUCUGAAGUGGUUCAAAAGGUUUGUUAUAGGUGUGGAAAACCAAACCAUAUGAGCUUCGAAUGCAAAAGCAAAGCCAUAAUCUGCUACAAUUGUAAAGAACUGACUACUAAUCAUAAUGGAAGAACAUGUAAGAAGAGAAAAGUUUUAGGUAAGAACCGUGUAGGAUAUGAAUAUAAGGUGACACAGAGAGGAAGAAGAUUUUAUAAGAAUGUGGGAAAAAGAGGUCGUGGAGGUGUACAAUUACAAGGAAACCGUAACAUAAAGAAGUUCAAAAAGAUCAAACUCGCUGGUGGUGAUGAUGAAAAACCAAAAUAUGCAUACAUUGCAAUGGAUGAGAGUGAAAUGGUUGAGGACGAAGGUGAAGCGAAUGCUGUGGAAGUAGAAGGAGAACUGUUUGAAUAAUAAAUUGAAGCAGAAAAAUUACAGUUGUUAAAAUAUGAAGGGAGUUAUGAGAUUUUGAUUUAAGUUGUUUUUGUAUUAUUAUUAUGUUUAAUUUAAUAAUAAGUUAAGCUUAUACAAUUUUUAAGUUGAUUUAAUUUGAAGUUUAAAAGGAGAUUAUUUCUGUUUUACAAUGUUUAAAACUGAAGGGAGUAAGAUGUUUAGUUGUUAAGUUGUGUUCGUAUUGCAAGUUGUAAAAUUAAAUAAGUUGUUCUUAAGUUUUUUUAAUAAAGAUAAGUUGUUCUUAAAAGAAAUUAUUUAUUAUGUGUGAUUGUUUUGAUAAAGGGUAACAGGUUUUUGUUUUGUUUUUGUUUUGUCUGUUCUUUCAGUAUAGAUUCAAUGUUGGAGGACUCUGCGAUUGGAUAUUGUCAAGUCUGAUCAUUUCAAACUUGCCAAGAAGGGAGCGACGGAAUAUUUACAUAUCUGACGGCUGGAUGCAGUGUAGAAUAGAAGUCCGAACGGAGCUGGAAAGCUGGCAACGUUUAUCAUGACUGAUGAAAGAAGGAAGGAAGAUGAAAUGAGAACAAUAUGGUGGUCAAUGGUGGUGACUUUGCAUUUUAAUAAUUAUGGUGUUAGUUUUAUAAAAGUUGAUUAAUAUAAAUAAGUUGAGCACA